AAGUCCUCGAAGUACUUCCGGUACCAAAGUAUCUAACAUUUUGUAAUGCUGCUGUAUUUUUUAACCACACAGCUAGGUAGAAUUUUCACAAAUUAAUUCCCUCCGUGGGUCUUUAAGGUUUUUCGGUCUCGCUGUUACUUGAUUGAAGACAAACAUGGAUAUUCCUACAGCUCCUGAGGAUCAAGAGCUAAAAAAUGUCAUUGACAAACUGGCCCAGUUUGUGGCUCGAAAUGGCCCCGAGUUUGAGAAGAUGACAAUGGAGAAACAGAAGGACAAUCCCAAGUUCUCUUUUCUGUUUGGUGGGGACUUCUUCACCUAUUACCGGUGCAAGCUUGCUAUGGAACACCACCAGCAUCCUACUACCCACGAGUGUGAGGAGUAUAAAUUGGAAGAUCUUUAUAAUCCACCCGGUAAGGAAGUCCCAGAUGUCCCUCCGCCAAUCACGAUCCUGGCUCCGCCCCCCAUUGCCCCUGCCACGCCCUCUCUGGAUGAACUCAUCCAGCAGAGCCAAUGGAAUCUGCAGCAGCAAGAACAGCACCUGCUCACUCUCAGACAGGAGCAAGUGACGGCAGCCAUAGCUCUGGCCAUGGAGCAGCAGACCCAGAAACUGCUAGCGGAGACUCAGCAGGACAUCUCUGAAUUUGACAACCUGCUGCAGCCCAUCAUUGACACCUGCACUAAAGACGCCAUCUCGGCUGGUAAGAACUGGAUGUUCAACAACGCCAAGGGCCCGCUGCACUGCGAGCUGAUGUGCUCACACCUCCGGAACCGCAUCACAGCCGACGCAGCCCACUUCGAACUCCGCCUUCACCUCAUCUAUCUCACCAAUGAUGUCCUCCAUCACUGUCAGAGGAAGCAGCAGAGGGACCUGCUGGCAGCGCUGCAGAAGGUGGUGGUGCCCAUCUACUGCACCAGCUUCCUGGCUGUAGAGGAGGACAAGCAGCAGAAGGUUACGCGGCUCCUGCAGCUCUGGGAAAAGAAUGGCUACUUCGACGAGGUGACGAUCCAGCAAUUACAGAGUCCAGCUGUGGGCCUGGGCCAGUAUCAGGCCUCUCUGAUUACAGAGUACGCUGCGGUGGUGCAGCCUGUUCAGCUGGCCUUCCAGCAGCAGAUCCAGACCCUGAAGACGCAGCACGAGGAGUUUGUGGCCAACCUGACGGUGCAGCAGACUGCAGCAGCAGCGAGCCAGCUAGCUGCAGCAGAGCCCGACGUUAAGGCAGUCACCACUCAGCCUGGAGAGGUGAAGGCAUCCAUGUCUGGGCCUCCUGGUGAUUAUGACGGAGCCCCGCCCAGAUCAGACCCCGGUGCUAACAACACUGGCCACUCUGAUAACUCCUCCUCCAAACCCUGGUUCGACCCACAACACAUGCCUGGAGGCUGGAACCCCAAUCAGCCUCCUCCGUUUGACCCUACCCAGGCGCCCCCGCCUUGCCCGCCCUGGAACAGCCACGAAGGCAUGUGGAACGAACAGAGGGACCCCAGCUGGAGCGGAGGCCCUCCGAGGGGGGAGGGCGGUCCCUGGAGCGGGGGGGGAGGACAGAACGAGCCCCCUCCCAACUGGAGCGGUCAGUACGACCAGCCCCCCUGGAGCAACCAGGGACCUGACCAGCCCCCCUGGGGCCAGAGAGAGCCCCCAUUCCCUCGCAUGCAGAGGCCUCCCCACUUCAGAGGGCCCUUCCCGCCCCACCAGCAAGGGCCCCCUCCCUUCAACCAGCCGCCCCCGCCUCCCCACAACUUCGGCCGGUUUCCUCCACGCUUCAUGCAGGAUGACUUCCCACCCAGACACCACUUUGAGAGGCCACCCUACCCUCCACACCGCUUUGACUACCCACAGGGAGACUUUCCCGGAGACAUGGGCCCCCCGCCCCACCACCACCCCAGCCAGAGGAUCCCUCCUCCGGGCAUGGGGGAGGAGCACCCUCCCUGGGGGGGUAACCAGCACCCUGACUUCGGCCCCCCGCCCCACGGCUUCAACGGACAUUCCCCCCAUAUGAGGCAGCGGCUGUCCCCGGCUCACGUCAACCAGGACGACCCCAGCCUGGUCCCCAACGUCCCUUACUUCGACCUGCCUGCCGGACUCAUGGCCCCUCUAGUCAAACUUGAAGACCAUGAAUACAAAGCCUUGGAUCCCAAAGACAUCCGCCUUCCUCCCCCCAUGCCCCCAAGUGAUCGCCUGCUCGCUGCUGUGGAGGCCUUCUACAGCCCUCCAUCCCAUGAUAGACCCAGGAACAGUGAGGGCUGGGAACAGAACGGCCUGUAUGAGUUCUUCAGAGCCAAGAUGAGAGCCAGGAGGAAAAAGGGCCAGGAGAAACACAACAGUGCCCACGGGGGUAGUCGUUCACACAGCCGUUCUCGUAGUCGGGGCCGCUCCUCAUCUCGUUCCAGCUCCAGCUCCUCCAAGUCCUCCCGCUCCUCCUCGCGGUCCCGCUCUCGCUCCUACUCCAGGUCACGCUCCAGGAGCAGGAGCCGAUCCAGGUCGUCCCGCAGUCGCUCUCGUUCCAGGUCUCGCUCCAGAUCUCGCUCUCCUGACAAGAGACGGCUUGAGAAGCCCGGACAUGCCUCUGCCCCCGCCCCCGCCAUCGCCUCCCAGAAGUCCCGUAGCCCCUCCCCUCCCACUAAUUCUGGGCUUGGAGCAGCCCCUUCUAUCCUGCCUCCAGACAGCAGGCUGGGAGAGGAGAACAAGGGCCAUCAACUGCUCAUGAAAAUGGGCUGGAGUGGUUCAGGGGGGCUUGGUGCGAAGGAGCAGGGCAUCCAGGACCCCAUCAAGGGGGGAGAACUCCGGGACAAGUGGGACCAGUAUAAAGGAGUGGGGGUGUCACUGGACGACCCUUAUGAGAACUACCGCAGGAACAAGAGUUACAAUUUUGUAGCUCGCAUGAAAGCAAGGGAGGAAGUGAAUCGGGAACCACAGGAGCCCCCUCCCGCUGAAUGACGUGCAUCGUAAAGCAAGCAACCCCUACCCAGAACACACCUCUUCAUAAUUAGUUGUUUGUACAGAAUAAUGGUUUUAACCGUAUGUUUCCCUCUAUCCGUUUGCAAAAUACCAGAAAGUUGGGGUCCUUUUUAGUUUUAAUGUUGCUUUUCUUGUGGAACUUGUUCAUGUAUUCUUCUCAUGUUCCAGGAUCAAGUCAUCAAGACUUGGAGAUGGACAGAAAUAAUAUUGUGUUGCUCUUUUGAAACAAAAUGAAAAUCCCACAAAACAUAGGAGUGCACAUGGAAUCAAUGGCAUGUCAGCUAUAAUUGUGAAUCAGUUUACCCUGUACUAACCACAUUACCUGGCUACCUAAACUCCUUGCUCCGGACAAAUGCUCCGCCCACGGUCGUUAGUUUCUUCUCUGCUACGAAGUGUGUAGCUGAACGAUAGAGCAGCGGAAGAAUGAAGUUUAAGUCAUCAGGCAACUAACCACAUACUGUAGAGAAAUAAAGCAUUUUAAAUACUU